GUGUCACACUAAUAUUGUCUGCACGCACAUCUUUCAGUUACAGCUGCUUCAUCAGCUUCUGCUUUCAGUAUUAUUUCUCUCUCUCUAGGGCGAGUACUCAUGGCGGCUGCGGCGAUUGUGUCGCCGUACCCAACGAGGACGACCAUUAAGAAUGAGGCUUUGAAAGCGCCGUCGUGUACCAGUGGCAGCAGUAGUCGCAGAGUGAAUUUGGGGGCUGGAAAUGGAAACUUCUGGAGAAACUCAGAACUAGGGGCAACAUUCAACAAGGAGAAGAAAAGACCCAAUUUGCGAGUAGUCUCCGCAACCAAGAACAAAACGGGUAGUGGAAUCGCAAACAAUGAAACCCCAGUCACCCGAUCUAAGGUGAAACGUCACACGAUCUCAGUGUUUGUUGGGGAUGAAAGCGGGAUAAUAAACCGAAUUGCUGGGGUUUUUGCUAGGCGGGGAUACAACAUUGAGUCUCUUGCCGUUGGUUUGAACAAAGACAGGGCUCUCUUUACAAUAGUUGUCUCUGGAACUGAAAAGGUUUUGCAACAAGUUGUAGAGCAGCUGAACAAGCUCGUGAAUGUCUUGAAGGUGGAAGAUCUCUCAAGGGAACCUCAAGUAGAACGCGAAUUGAUGCUCAUAAAGCUUAAUGUAGAUCCAAGCAACAGAGCCGAGAUCAUGUCAUUAGUGGACAUAUUCAGAGCAAAAAUUGUUGAUAUAUCAGAACACUCACUGACUAUUGAGGUCACUGGAGACCCUGGAAAGAUGGCUGCUGUUCAGAGAAAUUUAAGCAAGUUUGGAAUCAAAGAAAUUGCAAGAACUGGAAAGAUUGCUUUGCGACGGGAAAAGCUGGGUGAGACAGCUCCUUUUUGGAGAUUUUCUGCAGCUUCUUAUCCAGAUCUUGAAGGGUCAACGCCUGUUGGUGCUCUUUUGGAGAACACUAGUAGACCAGUAAAUGGCAAUAUAAGUACCUCUUCAACGGGCGAUGUUUAUCCUGUGGAGCCUUAUGAUGACUUCUCAGUGAAUCAAGUUCUUGAUGCUCAUUGGGGUGUUCUCUAUGAUGAAGAUUCAACUGGGCUUCGCUCACACACUUUAUCUAUUUUAGUUAAUGACUGCCCUGGAGUUCUCAACAUAGUUACUGGGGUUAUAGCUCGAAGAGGUUAUAACAUUCAGAGUCUAGCUGUAGGGCAUGCAGAAAAGGAAGGGAUUUCUCGCAUUACUACUGUUGUUCCUGGAACAGAUGAAUCUAUUGGCAAGUUGGUUCAACAGUUGCACAAGUUGGUGGAUCUUCACGAGGUUCGAGAUAUUACCCACUUGCCAUUCGCAGAGCGGGAGCUGAUGUUGAUAAAGGUUGCCGUGAAUGCUGCUGCUAGGAGGGAUGUCCUUGAUAUAGCCGGGGUUUUCCGGGCCAAAGCUGUUGAUAUGUCUGACCAUACAAUAACACUAGAGCUCACAGGAGAUUUGAACAAGAUGAUUGCACUGCAGGGAUUAUUGGAGUCCUAUGGCAUUUGUGAGGUGGCAAGGACUGGCCGGGUGGCAUUGGUGCGGGAGUCGGGUGUGGAUUCUACGUACCUCCGGGGAUAUUCUCUUCCAUCGUAGUACUGCCUGGAUUGCAAUAGCUAGUAGUUCUUCUCUUUCUCGCAAAAGGGAAAAAGAAACUCAACGAUGUUUCAUUAUCCUGCUUUUAUGUUAGCUGGCUGGAAGAGUAGGGUUACGUUGUUCAUCAAACUUCAGAUGAAUAGGUGCUCGAGAAACUGGGAAAUUUGAUACUUCAUCAUAAAUUUUCUACGUUAAUACCAUUAUGUUAUACCAUCUGUACUAAUGACAUUAUAUUAUCCAUUCGAUUUCGUUCUUUUAGUAAUCUUAAACUAUAAUUUUCUUGUUC